CUUUUCGCGUGUUUGAAUGAUCCACCGUACUGUAAGAGAGAAAUACUCACAGAAAGUAUUCAGAUUCUACUUUUCUCUUCCUUCUUUGUCUCCAGUUUGUAAAAUGUCCGGGUUUCAGGAUCUUUCAGUUUUUCCUGUGGAGGUUCUGCAGCUGUCAGUACUUGAAGAAGAGGUUUCCCCUGAGCAGCAGAAGAGCUCCAGUUUGAAUCAAGUGAUUAGUGAGCCUCUGCAAAUUAAAGAUGAACCUGAGGAACUGUGGAGCAGUCAGGAGGGAGAGCAAAUUCACGAGCCAGUAGGGGAAGAUAUCAAGUUCACUUUUGUUCCUGUCCCUGUGAAGAGAGAAGAUGAUAAGGAGAAACAUCAUUCUUCACAGUUUCAUCAAAGACAUACUAAACAGAUGGAAACAGGAGCUGAUGGAGUGGACUGUGGAGGAGCAGAGGCAGCCAGGUACUUUGUUCCAGAGAGAGAUUUAAAACCAGAGACUGAGUCCCAGACUGAUGAAUCUUCUGAUCCUGAGAGUGAUGACAGCACUGAUUGGAGGGAGACAACACAACACCAGUCAGGUUUCAUGUCAGUGGAAAAAAGCAUGAGAACAGGAGCAAAGACUGAGGAGAAAUUGCAUGAUUGCUCAUUGUGUGUCAGAAGAUUUAAGACUAAACAAGGUUUGCAUACUCACAUGGUAGUUCAUACCAAAGAAAAACCCUUCAGCUGCUCUGUGUGUGAUAAGAGAUUUUCACAAAAAGGAAGCGUAACUAGGCACAUGAGUAUUCACAUUGGAGAGAAACCAUUUGUCUGCUCUUUGUGUGGCAAAAUGCUUCGAAGUAAAUUUGGUUUGAACAUUCACAUGGCAGCUCAUACCAAAGAAAAACCCUUCAUCUGCUCUGAGUGUGGUCAGAGAUUUACCCAAAAAGGAAAUGUGCUCUCACACAUGAAAAUUCACACAGGUGAUAAUUUUUUUUUCUGCCCUCAGUGUGGCAAAAGAUUGAGCCACAAAAAUGCUCUGACCAGACACAUGAUAGUUCAUACCAAAGAAAAACCCUUCAGCUGCUCUGUGUGUGGACAGAAGUUUCCCCGAAAAGACGCAUUGACAGUACAUAUGAGAAUUCACACAGGAGAGAAACCUUUUGGCUGCUCUGUGUGUGGUCAGAGAUUUACCCAAAAGGCAAGUGUGACUUCACAUAUGAGAAUUCACAAAAGAGUAAAACCUUUUCGCUGCUCUGUGAAGUGAGAGAUUUACCUAAAAAAGAAAGAUGACUAAACACAUGAAAAUUCAUGAAGGGUAGACACAAAUCAGCUGCUCUCUGCAGGAUAAAACAUUUACAAAAGAUGUACUCUAACUCUGACAUAAGUUUUUCUACACUAAAGAAAGUGUUUUGAUACCAUGAGUGUGAUAGAAUAUUUAGUUAGCAGGAUUAUCUGAUAAAACACACAUUUAAAAAAAAAAAAAAAAACCUCCUGCUGCUAUCUUUGUGGCAAUAAAUUUAACCCUCAGACAUUACAAGGAACAUUUUUGUCCAUUUGGGCAAAUGUUUCCGCUUUCUCUGCUCACCAUUUUGGCUGUGUUGGUGCAUAUGGUCUCAUUUUUUGCAACAAAGUUAAAUUCUAGGCAAAUUUCUUAAUUCAAAUUUCAAUUGCUCUAAAAGGUCAGGGGAACCCUGUGAAACAAAUUUACAACCCUUUAAAGCCAUUAAGGACAAAAAUGUCCUCUUUCAAAAAACUGCUCUAAAACCUUAACAUAAUAAUAUAUAAAUAAGCCAUAAAAUCAGCCAUAAUAAGUAA